AUGGAUAUACAAAUUGAAAAUCUUUUCUUUUUAGGAUUAGAUUUGUCUACUUAGUCUUUAAAAUUAUGUGUAUUUGAUGAGAAUUCUAUAGAAGUAUAUCGUGAUAAAAUUAUUUUUAGUGAUAUACUAUUUGAAAAUGAAGAAGUUGUUCAUUUUACAGUAAAGGAUAAUCACAAAUCAGCAGAAUAAGAUGUGCUCAUUUUUCUCAGAGCUCUUGAUCUAGGUUUAGAAAAACUAAAUAAGUAAUUCGCUAAAAAAAUAUCUGCUUUAUCUGUAUCUGGAUAACAACAUGGGAGUGUUUAUUAUUAGAAGGAAAUAUUAUAUGACUCUAAAAAAAAUUUAAUUGAAAAUUUGAAAGAUUCAUUUGCAACUAUUUUAUGUCCUAUUUGGAUGGAUUCUAGCACAUCUUCUUAGUGUAAAGAAAUUUCUGAGUAAUUUACAGAAAUUCAUAAAAAAUCAGGAAGUAGGGCUUUUGAAAGGUUUUCUUUCAGUUAAAUUAUUAAAAAAUACUAAUUAUAAAAAGAAAUUUACGAUAAAACUAUCCAUAUAAGCUUAAUAAGCUCAUUUUUGGCUGAAAUAUUUAUUGGAAAGUUUAUUUCUGUUGACUAUGGUGAUGCAUCUGGGAUUAAUUUAAUGGAUUUAAAAUCUAAAAAAUACAUUUAAGAAAUGGUAGAUUAUGUACCUGAUUUAUAAAAAAAACUAGGAGUAUAUCAACCUAUAAAGAGUUGGUAAAGUGUUGGAAGAAUAAACGAUUAUUUCAUACACAAGUAUAAUAAUAUCUUUAGUUAAGACUCGUUUGUUAUUGCUAGCACUGGAGAUAAUUUAGCCUCUAUGGUAGGAAUGGGAUUGCUGAAUCCAAGUUACUUGGCAAUAAGCUUAGGUACUAGUGAUACUCUAUUUGGUAUUAUUAACGAAAAUGAUAUAGAGAAAUCACUUGACCCAAAUAUUCAUAUUUUUUGCUCUCCUCUUAGAUCAGAUUAGUAUCUUUUGCUCCUUUGCCAGAAAAAUGGAGGUAUGAUGAGAGAAGAAAUAAUUUCAAAAAGUUAGUUGACAUGGGAAGAAGUUGAAGAAUAUUACUUUAAUAUCUACAAGCCUAAAGGAUUUUAUGGUUGUUUUCUUUAAUAACCUGAAAUAGUACCACCUAUAAACUGUCCAAACUAAAUAGAAGAAAUAAAAAAUGUAAAUAACGAUGCUCCUAUUAAAAUUUUGCCAGUAGAAAAAAUUAUACUUCUUCUUGAAUAUAAAAUAAUAUCUUUAAGAAUAAACUUCCUGAAAGAUAAUAUAUCUAAGCUGAUUUUGACAGGAGGAGCAUGCAAAAACAGAGUUUUGCAACAAAUUUCUUCUAAUGUUUUUGGAUGCCCUGUUUUUAUACAAGGAUCUGAAGAUUCAGCAUGUAUUGGUAGUGCUCUUAGAGCACAUCAUGGAUAUUUAAACCACAUUAAAAAUGACGAAAUAGAUUUUUAUAGCCACUUUAACAGCUGCAACGCAUAUAAUAUUCAGCAAGUGUCAUCUCCAGAUCUAUAAUUAAAUUAGUAUUAUACAGAAAUAUCUCCAUUUAUUUAAUAAUUAGAAUAAAAUUUAUGUAAAUAGUAUCCAUAUUGA